UUCCGUGGCCGGUGUAGCCAUGGCGGCCAUGAGCCUGCUGCAGCGGGCUUCGGUCUCCGCGCUGACAGCGCUGUCUUGCCGCCGCGCUGGUCCUAGACUCGGAGUCGGAAGUUUUCUCACGCGGAGCUUUCCGAAGACUGUCGCUCCUGUGCGGCACAGUGGGGACCAUGGCAAGAGACUGUUUGUCGUCAAGCCUUCUUUAUACUAUGACGCUCGCUUCUUGAGGUUAAUGAAAUUCUACCUUAUGUUGACUGGGAUCCCAGUUAUAAUUGGCAUAACACUGGUGAACAUAUUUAUUGGUGAAGCCGAGCUUGCAGAAAUCCCAGAAGGCUACAUCCCUGAACACUGGGAGUAUUACAAGCAUCCGAUAUCAAGAUGGAUCGCCCGGAAUUUCUAUGAUGGCCCUGAAAAGAACUACGAGAAAACCCUGGCUAUCCUCCAGAUUGAAUCUGAAAAGGCUGAGUUACGGUUAAAGGAGCAGGAAGUUCGAAGGCUGAUGCGUGCCCGAGGUGAUGGACCCUGGUAUCAAUUUCCAACCCCUGAAAAGGAGUUCAUUGAUCAUUCUCCAAAGGCAACUCCUGACAACUGAUGAUUCAUUUGUCUGUCCAAGAACAGUGUGUCCCUCUAGUGGGAAGAAAUGAAUAAAUACUCUGUAUUUUUGCUCUGAUGUACACAAGAUUCUGUGGCUGGUUCUUCAUGAGGUUCAGGUGAUGUGUUCUCUGUGGGCCUUUCAGCUUCAUCUGUUGGGAUUUACAGGGUAGUAAUGAAACCUGGAGGUCUGGGAAGUUGUGAAUUCCUAAAGUGACACUGUUGAUAAGCUGCUGAUGCCGUUGUCUGGCAGGUGGAAGGUGCAGCGGUCCUGUGAAUAUUCAGGAACUGUAGUCAUCUGUCAUUGCAGAUGGGGCUUAUUUGGGACUACUUGGAAUUUUAAGUUCAAAAGAAAUACUGAACCAACCAUAUAAAAUUAUCAGGACCAGAAUAAAUAAAGCCUUAGAGUUU